AUGAUGGAGGCAGCAAUUGGCAUCGUCGGCCUCUCUAUACAAUUGAUCGACUCCGCCGUCAAGGUGAAGCGAGUUGUCGGAACCUAUCGCUCUGCCUCGACUGAGAUCAAUCGUCUGGCUCUUAAAGUGGAACGGGUUGAAGCGAUAUGCGGCGCCAUCAAAAGAAGUUUUGAAGGUGGUGUCUCGAAUUGGCGGUGCUCUGAGCUCAUUGAGACGUGGGGAGUAUGCGUUCUGCGAAGCAUUGAGUCGACACUCGCGGAGCUCCAUGGCAUCAUUAUCAAACUCGAGCGGCGAGCAUCACAAAAGCGUGGUUUGCAUACAGUUGGGUUCUCUUUCUUGGAAAGGAAGGAUGAUAUACGGCGUUUGGGCUCUUGCCUAGAUGAAGACCUGAAUCAUUUGCAGCACAUGAUGACUGCAGAGAUAUUCUCACGUUGUGGGGUUGUUGAGCAGUUAGUCUUGCCACCGCAAGGGGCCCAGAUCGUUUUACCGAAGCGCCAGGCAUCACUGCUGUCUGAAAUUACUCCAUGUUCAGCAGCAUUUAGAGAUCACACUUCGUCCGUCGUCAUUGAAAAGAUUCACCGCCAAAAGAUCCAUAGAAUCGGCUUGUUGGGUGACGUAAAGACGGCUAUGGUGACGAAGAGGUCCCGUUGGCAACAGUCCGAUGAACAAAUUAACGUCAAAGAAUCCAAGACAUACUCCUUUGGUCUUCGAGGGCUUGCUUAUCGCAUCCUGUUCAGCUGGAAACUGGACACCAUAACACCUAUAUCCUACGCUCUCAAUGUGCAGCACAUAGUAUCGAAGGAAAUCGAUAAGACGAGAUUCGAAAAGCUUACAAAGAUUAUAGAAUAUGGGAAUUUAUCCGGUCUUCAGCAGAUGCUGAUUACCCGCGAAGUCACCCUCACUUCUUUCAUUGACUGCAUGACUCUAUUCGAAUUCGCGGCUGGUUUUCAUCAGCCAGAUAUUUGUCGUUUCUUGGCUCGGCAGAAUCUUCGACAAUGCCUAGGCGAAGAGUGA